AUGAAGUUACUCGUGAUUACCUUGUUUUUAGUAACCAUUAUUAUAAAAAGUUCCGAGUGCACGCAGAAUUGGUUCCCGCGAAAUCUUGUACAAACGAUCGCGAAUGAAACAUCUCUAGUCAAGAAUUACGUCAAAGAAAAGGGACGCAGUCUAAGGCAAUUCUACAAUAAUGUGCAAGAUAAGAUCACGUCGUAUUUCGGUUCUUCAAAUCGCACUGAAGAAAUUAUGCACGGCGAAGGCCGAGAAGAAAGAAUAAAGAGGAAGUUCAAGGAAUAUAUAGAGGAUGCCCAGGAAAAAGAAAACGUCAUAUUUGACUCCAUCGCUCCAAAAAAGAGUCACUACAAUUGCUCUGACGACGAUCCGGCAAUUCGUAUGACUACACCUCAACUGAUCGCGCUCCAUGGAUAUGUCUCAGAGUCACAUACCAUUACAACGGAUGACGGCUACAUUUUAACACUACAUAGAAUACCAAAUGCUAAGAAUAUUGGUGCCCAGCCUCCUAGAAAAACAGCGCUCCUUCAUCAUGGCUUACUCGGCAGUUCCGCCGAUUGGGUCAUUCCAGGACCUGGAAAAGGUCUCGCAUACAUAUUAUCUGACGCAGGUUAUGAUGUCUGGCUAGCUAACGUUAGAGGAAAUACGUAUUCCAGAGCUCAUAUCUCUAAGAAUCCCGACUCAUUCGCCUUUUGGAAUUUCACAUUCCACGAUGUAAGUCAGCACGAUUUACCGGCAGUUAUCGAUUAUAUCAUGGAGAAAAAAGGAUGGGACGUGAAGAUAAAUUACAUCGGCCAUUCCAUGGGAACGACUGUCCUAUUUGCUUUACUCUCGACAAAAACUCAAUAUAACAAAGUUUUAAGAGCAGGAUACGCACUCGCCCCGGUGGCGUACAUGACUCAUAUACAAAGUCCGAUUAGAUUGCUGGCGAAAUUCAGUGAUAAUAUUGCAUAUUUGAUGACACUCCUCGGUGCUAACGAGUUUUUACCCCAUAACGCCGUUCUGAGGUGGCUGUCUAAGCAUGCGUGUGAAAUAAACCAUUAUGAGGAAGUGAUAUGUGAAAACUCACUUUUCGUGCUCUGUGGGCACGAUGAGAAGCAGUUUAAUAGAACUUUAUUACCUAUACUUUUGGGUCACGUGCCAGCUGGAGCGUCGACCAGAACGCUGAUACAUUACGCCCAAGAGGUCCGCAAUGGUGGUCGCUUCCAGCAGUUUGAUUAUGGUCCAGAGGGAAAUUACAAAAUGUAUGGAACGCCCUUACCGCCGGAAUAUCCAGUGCACAAGAUAACUCUACCAAUAGCGCUGAUUAGUUCAGAAAACGACUGGCUUGCGAGUGAUGUCGAUGUCAGCAACUUAUAUGCACGCCUUGCGAACCCCUUGGAACAUUAUAUAGUGCCAUUAAAAGAAUUUAAUCAUAUUGAUUUUCUAUGGGCUAAAGACGCCCCUAGACUUGUCUAUCAUAAAUUACUUCAACUGCUCGAAGACGGUGCUAGUAAGACAUAUACAGAUUUAGAAAGCAAUGACAUCAGCUAA